CCGGUGCGGUGUGAGUGUGUGUGUGAGAGUGUGUAUGUGGGACUGAAGGGGAGCGAAUGGCUGGUGAAGAGCUCGGUGUUUAAUCAGAGCAGCGCGCUUCAGUUUCCCGGUGAAUCCGACACCAUCCGCGCCUUAAACAUGGACCUCCAGUCCAGAGGCUCGCUCUGGAGGCAUCCGACAUGUUUGUAGCGACUUCUGAAAACUGAAUUGAUCCAUUUUUUUUUUUUUGUAUUAAAAAAAAAAGAAGAAGAAGAAGCAGCAGCUCCUGCACGCUAGUGGGGGAUUUAAACUGAGAGCGCCAGCAGGGCUGAAGGCAGCCGUUUCCUCCCCGCUGUAACUGCGACCGCUUCCGCCUGCCGCCGGUUCACACGCGCGCACAGAAACAGAACGACUCGGUUCUAGCGCGUGCUCACACCUGCCGAGACGCACCGAGUACAGAUUAAGUGCACACUACAUAGGGUCCCUACUGAGUAUCUAACGAAGAGAUUAACAUCACUGAUUCACAGUUUGGCAGGCAGGUUCGAGAUCCCCCUCAUGCAGAACCACGGGAAAUGAAUAAACCGCCUCAGCCUAUCACAGGACCGCCCUCCGUCCCUCACCCCGCCCCCUCGCCAGGAUUGACGCCGGCUGUUUAUCCCCCUGGUCAGCCCGCCUCUGUUGUUUUUGCCACUCCACCUCCACCAAUGAACUCUGCACCACAACCCAGACAGUUUGCACCAGGGCCUCGUGCUUUACAUCAACAGGGUGGAUUCAGGUCGCUGCAGUCAUAUUACCCCCGGGGCAGUUUGCAGAGUAACGCCCCACGGGUGGCGACUAGUAACCCGCCACGCCCCGUCCCGCCCCCUCACGUCUACCCCUCGUCCUCGCAGAUGGUGAUGAUCCCACAGCAGCAGCUCCCAUUCCCGCCCAACUCUCAGGGCCCCGCCUACUUCAUCCAGUCUGGACAGUACCGCGCGCCGUACGUCCACCAGACGCAGCAGUAUUCAGUGGCCAGCGCGCCGGCAGGCUUUUACCCCGGAACCAACCCCGACUACAGCUCCACGUAUGAGGCCGCUCUGGGAGCGAGGGAGAGGCGGGGGGGUGGGGGGAGAGGCGCGGUUCGAGAGAACAGCCGUCUCUCUCAUCACGCCGUUCCUCUCACCUCCCACCGCUACUCCGCUGGAGCGUAUUAUCCCGCUCAAGCUCAGUACCAGCCUUCAGUGCCCGCCGCGCCUGUAAUGAUGAACCCCGCCCAGCAGCAACAGGCUCCACCCCCUCAGCAACAAGCCCCGCCCCAACAGCAAAAAAGGGAGCGCAAACAGAUUAGAAUACGAGACCCUAAUCAAGGAGGACGUGACAUCACGGAAGAGAUCAUGUCUGGAGGAAGGACCACGUCUACGCCCACGCCUCCUCAUUCUGUAGGUGCCGAGGUCAGCGGUUCUGUCCAGACGAACGGUGAAAGCGUGACUCCUGCAGCUGCUGCUCCGGUGGUCCGACUCGAUGAUCGCGUGAAGUCCUCGAGUCCUGUGGCUCCUGCCUCGACUCCUCCGCCUCGUUCAGACCCCACCCCCGAACCUAAAUCCGUCCCGGACGUCCUCGCUGCUCCGGCGGUUCCUGUGCCUCCAGGUCAAAGCGAAGACGCUGCAUCAGAUCCCUCUCCAUCCUCGUCUCCCGCUCCUACAGCUCUCCCCGCAGAGCCCACGACGAGCGACGGCGUGGACGCCCCCGUGCCUCCUGAAACCACGCCCCAAAAGAAGGAGGAGGAGCAGGAGGAGGAAGAGGAGGAGGAGCCUAACGCCGCACCCGCCGAACAGCCGUGCGCUCACGUCGAGACCGCUGAGCCAGAAAAGGAGACCGAGCCACGCAUCGAAGCGCCGCUCCCUGACUCCGCCUCUAAUGUGGCGCCUACCGAGCAGGACACGCCCCCUGCAGCAGCAGCAGCCACCACCGCCGCCGCCAACGGGGAGACGGAAUCUCACGAGGUCACGCCCACCCCAGCACCCAUAGCCACGCCCGUUUCUGAGCCUGAGAGCGUCCCGGUGGUCAACGGCCUGCCUCAGGAUCCCGAAGAGCUGCAAGAGGAGAAACUCGAGGCAGAACCCGAGCCAGAACCCGAGCCUGAGGCAGCCGAGGUUCAGGAAGUUGAUGCAAAAACAUCUGCUUCUGCAGAAGAGGAGGAAGAGGAGGGAAGAGUGGAGGAAGAACCCGUUCCUGCCGAGGAGACGACUAUGCAAGCUGUUCAGUCUGUGCCAAAGAAGAAGAAGAUGAAGAAAAGCGAUCUGAAUAAUAAAGUGGUCGGAGACGUGUUGGACGCCUAUAAAGAGCCGGAGGAGAAGGAGCUCGCUCCUGAGCCGGCUCCCGCUGAGGUCCAGCCCUCGGAGCCUCGUCCCGCCGCCUCUCCCUCCCCUGAGGAGACGGAAGAGACGUGGGAGGAAAAAGAGGACAAACUGGACACGGAGAACAUCGAGCCUGAGACAGCGAAACCCGUGGAACAGAAAUAUCAGUAUAAAGAGGAGCACUGGAAGCCCAUCAAUCCAGAGGAGAAGAAGAGGUACGAUCGGGAAUUCCUGCUGCGCUUCCAGUUCAUCAGUGCGAGCAUGCACAAACCCGAGGGCCUUCCGCACAUCACCGACGUCGUUCUGGACAAGGCUAAUAAAACGCCGCUGCGGCCGCUGGACCCGAGCCGUCUGAUGAACUGCGGGCCUGAUUUCACGCCUUCCUUCGCUAAUCUGGGCAGAGCGCCCCCUGGUGGAGGACGAGGACCUCCCCCAGGGCCGCGUCGGUCUCAGCAGGGUCAGCGCAAAGAGCCGCGCAAGAUCAUCACUAGCAUGUCUCUGAACGACGACGUGCAGCUGAACAAGGCGGAGAAAGCCUGGAAGCCGACGGCGAAGAAAUCCCGCGCCGACGAGGACGACCCCGAAGUGCUGAAGACCCAGGAGCUGUUCCGGAGAGUGCGCAGCAUCCUGAACAAGCUGACGCCGCAGAUGUUCCAGCAGCUCAUGAAGCAGGUCACGGAGCUGACCAUCGACACCGAGGAGAGACUCAAAGGAGUCAUCGACCUCAUAUUCGAAAAAGCCAUUUCCGAACCCAACUUCUCCGUCGCUUACGCCAACAUGUGCCGCUGCCUUAUGGGGCUGAAAGUGCCCACCUCGGAUAAACCGGGAGCCACUGUGAAUUUCCGCAAACUGCUGCUGAAUCGCUGCCAGAAAGAGUUUGAGAAGGACAAGGACGAUGACGAGAUCUUCGAGCAGAAGCAGAAGGAGCUGGACGCUGCCACUGAGGAGGAAGUUCGCCAGAGGUUGAAAGAAGAGCUGGAGGAAGCCAAGGACCAAGCCCGCCGCCGUUCCCUCGGCAACAUCAAGUUCAUCGGAGAGCUGUUUAAGCUGAAGAUGCUGACGGAGCCGAUCAUGCACGACUGCAUCGUCAAGCUGCUGAAGAACCACGACGAGGAGAGUCUCGAGUGUCUCUGCAGGCUCCUGUCCACCAUCGGCAAGGACCUGGACUUCGAGAAGGCCAAGCCCCGUAUGGACCAAUACUUCCACCAGAUGGAGAAAAUAAUAAAAGAGAGAAAAACGUCUUCGAGGAUCCGCUUCAUGCUGCAGGACGUGUUGGACCUGAGAAGAAAUAACUGGGUUCCCCGGAGAGGUGACCAGGGCCCUAAAACCAUCGACCAGAUCCAUAAAGAGGCGGAGCUGGAGGAACACCGGGAGCAGGUUAAAGUGCAGCAGCAGCUUCUGUCCAAGAAAGACUCGAGUCGAGGAAGAGGAGGCAGAAUGGGUCAGCCCCAGGACGAGGGCUGGAACACGGUACCGAUCAGCACCAAGAACCGGCCCAUCGACACGUCCCGCCUCAGCAAGAUCACCAAGCCUGGUGCUUUGGAUUUCAACAAUCAGCUUCUUGCCCCUGGAGGAAAAGGAUCAUGGGGCAGUUGGGGUAAAGGGAGCAGCGGCGGAUCUGGAGCCAAAACCAGCACUGAACAGGAUACAGGACGGCCGGCUACGAGCACCCUGAACCGCUUCUCGGCUCUUCAGCAGUCAGGACCUUCAUCCACGUCCUCCUCAUCCUCGCUGGACUCCGAGCGCAGAGUUCCUCAAAGGAGCAGCUCGAGUCGAGAGCGCAGCGAGCGAGACCGGGACCGCUUCGAUCGCUUGGACCGCCGGGACAGCCGCGAGGACCGAGACCGAGGGCUGGACAGGACGCGUGUCGCCGUCACUAAACGCAGCUUCAGCAGGGAGAGCGAGGACCGGUCUCGAGGCGGAGACGUGCGCCGGGUCUCCAGCAUGACGGACGAGAGGGAGCGCGGGAGCCGAGACCGAACCGCCAGCCGCGAGACAGCGGUGAAGCGUGAGACGGCGCCGGCGCCGACGCCCGCUCCGAGUAAACCCGCCCUGAGCGAGGAGGAGGUGGAGAAGAAAUCCACCGCCAUCGUGGAGGAAUACCUGCACAUCAACGACCUGAAGGAGGCAGUGCAGUGUGUACAGGAGCUGAACAGCGCGUCUGUGCUCUUCGUGUUCGUGCGUAACGCCGUGGAGUCGACGCUCGAGCGCAGCACCAUCGCCCGCGAGCACAUGGGCCUUCUGCUGCACAAACUGAUCAGCGCCGCCAUUUUACCUCCUGAGCAGUACUACAAAGGGCUUCGGGAGAUUCUGGAGGUGGCCGAUGACAUGGCCAUCGACAUUCCUCACAUCUGGCUGUAUCUGGCGGAAAUCAUCACACCCAUGCUGCAGGAUGGAGGAAUCCCCAUGGGGCCGCUCUUCAGAGAGGUGGCGAAGCCGCUGCUGCCGAUAGGAAAAGCUGCUGUGCUGCUGGUUCACAUCCUCAACCUGCUCUGUAAAGGACUGAGUCAUAAAAAAGCCGGCGCCUUGUGGACUGACGCCGGACUCAACUGGAAGGACUUCCUGCCCGAGGAUGAGGACGUCAACAAGUUUGUGACGGAACAGAAAGUGGAGUUUACGCUGGGGGAGGAGUCUGAGAAGCCGAGUAAGAAGGAGCUGAGCGCAGAGGAACUGAGCAAGAGCCUCGACCGGCUGAUUCAGGACAAGGCCAGCAACCAGAGGAUCCACGACUGGGUGGAGGCGAAUCUUGAUGAGAAGCAGAUGACCUCCAGCUCGUUCGUCCGAGCGAUAAUGACCUCCGUGUGCCAAGCGGCGAUUGUCUGCGAGAACCCGUAUAAGGUGGACGUGGAGCAGAUUACCCAGAGGGCCAAGCUGCUGCAGAAGUACCUGGUGGACGAGCAGAAGGAGCUGCAGGCGCUCUACGCUCUCCAGGCUCUCAUGGUGCGACUGGAGCAACCGGCCAAUCUGUUGCGGAUGUUCUUCGACGCGCUGUACGACGAGGACGUGAUUAAGGAGGAGGCGUUCUACAAGUGGGAGUCCAGCAAAGACCCGGCCGAGCAAGUGGGCAAAGGCGUGGCCCUCAAAUCCGUCACGGCGUUCUUCACCUGGCUCCGAGAGGCCGAGGAGGAAUCGGAUAACAGCUAAAAGCACGAGCGCCCCCUUCAGUCCGGGAGCUGCACUGCGCUACGCUGCGCUGCGCUGAGGGAAAAGACUACAAACUGAACUGAACUUGAAACUCACGAAGCCUCGAGACAGUCGAUGGACACAGACUACAAUCACUUCUCUAUUUUUUUCCCCUCUAUCACUUUUGAAAAAAAUUAAAAAUAAAGUUUUUUUUUCCGUGGGGGAAACGCAGAUGAUUUUUAUGAUUGUUUAAUGGCUGCGUGCCAUGGUUGUAGUGGAUGAGGAGGAUUUUUUUUUUUUUUCUGGAAACAGUACACGAAUCCCCCCCGUGCUGCUCUUAUUAACCCGUCAGUGUAGAUUUAUACGCAGCGGCGACGUAUACGACGCUCCGGAGGCGUGAGCGCGAUCAUGCCCUUAACUAGCUCUUAAUUAGGGACGUAUUUUUCCCCUCUUUCUCGUGUGUACGCAAAAAGACUGGUGUUAUUUUUAACAUGUAAGAAGGAAGAUGCGAUUAUUUACUGACGGAUCUGAGUUUUUUGUUGUUUUUUUUUUCCUUCCUGUUUGCUGUUAGAGCAGGCGUUGAUCAGGAUUCAUGGGGAUGAACUUUGAUCUUUGACCCUUUCUAGCUGCUGGAGAAGGGUCACCAUGCUUCCUUCUAAGCCAUCCCUCUGUCCGCCUUUCCUUCUCUCUCUCUCUCUCUCUCUCUCUCUCUCUCUCUCUCUCUCUCUCUCUCUCUCUGCGCCUACAUGGCACUUCUGCAUUUGUACCUCUCAGGGGGUUUUCCCCUCACAACCCCGCCUCCCCUCCCCCGCCUUGUUGAGCAAAGCCUGCGCCAUUUUUAAAAAAUUUAAAUCAUUCAUUAAAGAAGAAAACUUGAAGCCUAGACAAUAAAAUCAUCUAAAAUAACAGACAGGAAUGAUCCGAAAAGCCUUUUCUACUCGCAGCGAAGUGGGAAACACAUUUCAGGAGAGUUCUGUACAUAUAUACGUAUGAAAGGUUUUUUUUUGUUUGUUUCGUUUGUUUUUGUUUGUUUUUUUUUUUUUUUUCCAAAAAAACUAAAAAUUAGCAAAAUGCCGUUUAAUGCCAUGCAUUUUUCCCAGAUAGAAAUGGCAGUUUUCUCUUGUAUUCUAUAUUUAAGAUUUGUUUUUUUUUCUUCUUCUUCUUCCAGGUGAGAGGUGCUUAAUAAUCCAUUGAUUACAAUUUUAUUGAAAAAAAAAAAUAAUGUAAAUAUUUUUUUUUUUUUUGCUUUACUUUAUUAUUUAAGGAUUUAAUGCUUCUUUCACAUCAGAAACUGGAAAACGCUGAAGAAACAACAUUGAAAAUAAAAGACUAUAAACUU